GACCUCCUACAUGCAGAGAAUAAGCGGCAAGCACCAAUGGGUUGUACUCCAUCCACAUCGAACGCAUGGUGCUGUAGAACAUGCGGUCGCGAGUGCCUGAGUCAGGCAGGCCUUGUGAGUCAUGAGCGAGGCUACUCGGGACCACCAUCGAAGCGACGACGGGUCCUUCAUCGAACGUAGACAAAACGGGCGCAGCGUUUGUAUCACUUUAGGACCGUGAACAACCCAUGUCCUCCGAUGCCGCACGACCCACCAUACAGAAAUAUCCCAUGUUACCAGCCGAGAAGCUGGUUGAUUGUUGUUCAGCAACCUACGUGAUAUCUCCAGACUAUGUUCUCACCGGCACACUGGAGUUGACUAACUACAAGUUUGUGUUCUGUCAACAAAGCAGAACUGGGGACGUCGCUCAUUUGCAUUCAUUACCUUCGUUCGUGGGUCUCAGUCAACGUCAGUUCUGUCUACAAGUCCCUCUUGGUGUCGUCCAAAGCAUGGAGCAGAAGUACAGCGAACAUGGUGUAAUAAGAGGUGUUGGGCUGUAUAUCGUUUGCAAAGAUCUAAGAUAUUUGAAGUUUUGCUUGACGGACACCUCAAGAUCAAACGUGUUUUGCGACAAUCUGAAAGCCCACAUCUUUCCCAGUCUCUCAAAACAGAUAAUGUUUGCCUAUUUAUUUGGGGAGCAAUGUCGCAUCGACAAUUUGUUUUCCUGCAAUGGGUGGGAAGUUUACAAUCCGGAGGAUGAAUACCACCGUCAGAACAUUUUCACUAAUGGAUGGAAAAUUACCAAGAUAAACAUCGACUAUCGGUUGUCUGACACAUACCCAUCACUUUUAGCUGUGCCUUGGGAUGUCUCGGAUGAGCUUCUCAUGGCCUGUGCUCCCCAUCGUAGUCGGGGUCGUGUGCCGGUCUUGAGUUGGCUGCAUCCAGAAAGUAAGGCCAGUUUGACCAGAGCAAGUCAGCCCCAAGUGGGUGUACAGGGGCGAAGAAGUGCGGCAGAUGAGGAACUCGUACGUCAAAUACGGACAGCAAAUGCCAACGCCAAUAAUUUAUUAAUUUUUGAUGCACGACCACAGAUGAAUGCUGUUGCCAACAAAAGCCGCGGCGGAGGUGUGGAAAACCCAACUUACUACGAAAAUGUUCAGUAUAUGUUUUUAAACAUUCAGAACAUUCACGCGAUGCGGGCCGCUCUCACUCAUGUGUUCGAAGCCUGUUUUCCACACCCCAAGGAGACAAAUUGGCUUAAAGUGUUAUCUGAUUCGAAGUGGCUCUAUCAUAUCAAACAAAUUAUCUUCGCGGCAACCAGUGUUGCAGACAAGAUAGAGAACCAUAAAACAUCCGUCCUGGUUCAUUGCUCCGAUGGGUGGGACCGCACUGCUCAAGUUAUAUCCUUAGCAAUGUUGAUGCUCGACCCAUUUUACCGCACCCUGCGCGGUUUCGAGGUUCUCAUCGAGAAAGAGUGGUGCUCUUUUGGUCACAAGUUUGCUCAGCGGACUGGCGGUCCUGCGGAUGGAGGUGUGGUUGUACCUGCCAGUGGGUCGUUAGCAACGCCAACUGUCGGAGCCGACCCCACUCCUGGGAAGUUGUCCAGUCCCGAAGAGCGCUCACCCGUGUUUCUACAAUUUAUUGAUUGUGUCUGGCAGCUUACCCAGCAGUUUCCCCAUUCGUUCGAGUUCAACGAACGUUUUCUAAUUACCAUUAUGGACGAGUUAUACGCUGCAAAGUUCGGUACCUUUUUAUUCAACUGUGAGAUGAAAGCGCGUGAUCACGGCGUCAGGGAGCGUACAAUAUCGCUUUGGUCCCAUAUAAACUCUGAUAUCAAGAGCUAUUUGAAUCCAUUAUAUACACCAGCUGAAAUAUCUGGACAUCGCAUGAUAUUUCCCCAGCAUUCACUUGCGCAGCUGCAAUUCUGGACAGGGUACUACGUACGGUGGCACCCAAUCAUGCGUCGGCAGGAUCCGGUGGCUCGUAGAGAUCGGGCUCUUGUAGAUGUCAUGAAACGAUUUCGUGAACUUACCACUGCAUCGCAACGUAUCAGUAACGCACAUGCGCUAUCACCUGCGGCAGCCACAGCGCCAAUUCCCCGAAUUAAGCAGGGUGCUCCAAUGAAGAUGACCAAUUUGUAGCCCACCCAUGAAUCUGUACUACUUCCUUCUCUUGUGUUACUUAUUAUGCGCAUUUCGUUACUUUGAUAGUGAUAAUUUUGUGAUUUCUUAUUCAACUAGAUACAUAUGUUUAUCUUCUCAAUCGAUUGCUCUAAUUAUCAUCCUCAUGCGAUCUUUAAACAGUUGGUGCAAGCGGUUUGUUUAUGUCACAAUCAUUUACUUUCAUCAGCUUUUCUUAGCGCUGUUUGUUUUCAGCAGCACUGCUUCUAACUAUUAGCUCUGGUUCAACC